AGUAAUUUCUAACUGGACCUGACCUGAAAAUGGAGAAAUCGCACUGUCUCCUUUUGCUUGUUCUUUCCUUUGGCCUGCCUUUGUUUCACCUGGCAAAUGCUGUAUUUAUGGAGAAACUGGCUGACCGAAAAAUAUGUGCAGACAAGUACUGCUCAUAUGUAAUCUCAGCAGCUCAAGCUCUUGAGGACUUCAUUGCUUCUGACUGUAGAUUCAUCAACCUGAAGAAAGGCCAGAAUAUAUAUGUUUAUUCAAAACUAAAGCCAGUAGAUGGUGCUGGAGUCUUCUGGUCUGGAAGUGUUUAUGGUAAGCGCUAUGUGGACCAGAUGGGUAUCAUUGGCUAUUUCCCUAGUAACCAUGUUAACGAGACUCAGAUUUUCAUGAAGAAAACCAUUGAAAUGGCCACAACAAAGAUGGACUUCUUCUGCGUUUGAAAAGGAGACUACGUUUUGAUGAAAUCCUGGAUCCUGUUUUUUUUCUAUGUAUUAUUCUAGCAUGUGUCAUUUAAAAUGUAAUCAGCUGAUUAAACUACACGAUGGGUAGCAUUACCUGAAAUAUUAUACACUAAAAAGCUCUAUAAAAAAUGAGAAGGCAUGAAUGGCACUGCUCAUUUCUAUUUCUUUGAGUGUGUGUUCCUCUGUGUACAAUAUGUGUAUUAGCUUCCUGCCUGUACACAAUGAGACCUUGUGCUAAAAAGACUCAGCCUGACAGUUUUAAUAUCUCAACCAAACAUCAUGACAUACAGUUCAUGCAAUAUUAAGACAUACUGUAGACUAAUUCAGUAAACAUAAAAGAUGGUACGCUGGAUGUAUAUUAUUGAAAUGGACAUUGUAAACAUGAUCUAGGCCACUUGUCUGUGAAAUUGCCAUGUGAAGGAUUCUAUGAAGGUUGCUAACAUUUAUUACUAUUUCAAGUGUGUUGUGGCUAUUUGAUGGAGCUGAAUAGCUCUCUCUCUCUCUCUCUCUCUCUCUCUCUCUCUCUCUCUCUCUGUCUCUCUCUCUCUCUCUGUCUCUCCUAUAUGAUUAUUAGUAGUUAUUGCUAAAUUCAAUUUGCCAUCAUGAAUAGUGCUUUUGUUUUGCAGUGUCAAGCUGUUAAUUGUUUAUUACCAUGGAUGAAAGAUUAACCUUAUUUUGAAAUCUUUAUGUCUUUGAAGAACGUGAAAUGUCAACAGCACUGAUUGGAUGUCAAUGGAGCAGUGUAGAAAAUAAUCGAAAUAUUAUCUUGUACAAAGCAAAAACCUUAACGUUAACAUGCCACAUGGAGUGUUUAUGAAUCUAGCUAGACACAAAUGAACACGAGAAGUGAUUUUAACUUUGUAGAUGUACAGUAUUGUAGUUAACAUUAUCAGAGGUGUAACACAAUGACAAUAUUUGCAUCUGUAUCUAUAGUGCUUCAAAUAUUUGAGUCAUAAUUUGUAUUUGUUGUGGCCUAAACUGAAAGGCUUAAAAAAAAACUCUGCCCAGAAGUAACAAUUAAAAACACUGAG